GGCUCGGUAAAUUGCUAAUACCGUGCAUGUGUAUGCAGCUUGAUGUCGAGGGGAAGGAGAGCCUCGUCUCACGGACUGGUCUCACGGACUGGGACGCUGAAAUUUCAUGUUCAUAUCAGCGGUCCCACCCACCUCAAAUCAAGUCCCAUCUUCUGAUUUUCUUUUCAGUCACAAAUCUUCGUUGCCGAGGCAUACUUUGAGGAUCAUCCAGAGAGCAAACAUGCCACUCCUUGGCAGUGGUGAAAAGACCACAGACCCCGAGAAUACCACACCCACCUCGGAAUCCAAGCCUGAGCACCGACCACAUGCAUGGACGCUCAAAACGACGCUUAACGAAGUGCUGGAGACAGUGCGCGCUCACCUGGGUGAAGACGGACCCAAACCCAAGUUCGACGAUGUCUGCCCCUAUGACAUCUCGGAGACGCAAGAGAACAUGUUGUGGGAACAUGAGACCACCAGGUUGAUGGGGGCUGUCGAUGCAUGUGGCAUGAGGACAGGGCUGCGGUUCGAAAGCUACGGCAAGUUUCAGCAGGACGACUCCAAAUCAUCAUACGAGCGUCUGGCGUCCUUGGCCGACCAGAUCAUGCUUAACCUCCAUAUCUGCAUCCUCGACAAUGAACUUUUGCUCUGGAAGUCCAAAGAGAAACUGAGCCACAAAAACGCCAGGCAAAUGAGCAAGGAGAUCCUGCAAAGUCGCCUGGACAACCCGAAGAGCGCGCACAAAACGGCCAGAGAAGACUCGGAAGACGUUUCUGAGGAGUCCUUCCUGGAAAGCUAUUUUGCCAUGGUUGACUAUUUGACCGCUGUUGUGGCCCGCUUUGGCGUGUCUGCGGCGGAAGAGGGCGCCUGGCAACGGCGGGUUUUGGCUGGACUUGCGAAAUCCUCAGCGAAACUCAAGAUCCUGGCCCGCAAGCCCGACACUUACGUCACGCGGUCCAUCGAUGCCAUCAGGCGCUACGAAACAGAGCAACGGGUCAAGGGCGUCUUUGACAAUUCAAAAACCAGACUGCCGGAGCAGGGGCCCACUCACCUAGGCCAUAUGCAGGACGUCGGUGAUGGAGGGUGGGAGUUCGACGGCAUGCCCAUGAUGAAUGCCGCGCCUCUGCAGCACAUGCACCGAGAGGGUGAGCCGUCGCAGUACGCGAAAGAGCUGGAAGUGAUGGUCGAGGUCCAGGAUGACUCCGAAGACCCCUAUUUGUCGGACAUGGCUGAUGCCUUCAGCUGGGUAUCUUCCACCCUCCGCAGUCUGGUUUAUUACCUGAUGGCCGGAUCCCCCCUCGACAGCUUUGAAAUCUCCACAGUCACAUACCGGGGAGGGACCACCGACACCCCGUUCCCCGUCUAUAUGCACCAGGACCGCAACAGCGAGUUGCACGGAUCUAGUGAUCCCGACUUCAUCAAACAUGCCUAUCUGGGGUAUGUGUUGGCGAAACAAGCGGUUGAAGAGGUCCAAAAGGAACAUGAACAAAAUGCAAGUGUCAACUACCGCCCCAAACUUAAACAAGAUGAAAAUGGUAGCGGGACGGUUAUCACAUUCCAGAUACGGGAGCGAUGCGAGGACCCCAACAAUGACACUGUGGUCGACCUUUCGCCGGUGAAUCUGACCAACCUGGCUCAGAUUAUCACAGUCAUGAUUCCCGUGCUCCUUACCAGCCCAGAAAUAAUUUCUGUAUUAAGAUCUUCAUUGAGCAGUUUGGGUGGUCUGCUCUCCAUCGACGUCGAGGAGCAAUUGACGCCACGUUCGCCCUCCUUCACCGCCGUGGUCUCCAUACAUACUCGGACCUUCCAAAAGAACAGCCCCUCGAGCCUCCCCGGGGCAGAAUUUCGAUCCCUCUCCCAAUCACUGCUUGCCCACUCGGACAGGCAAGUUUCGCAUUCCAGGAUCCCAACCGGUACGGCGGCCUGGAGCAGCAUCCCGGCAGACGAAGUCCAGCAAAGGCUGCACGAGGUCCAGGAGCGCCGGGCGCGCCUGGCCGCGGAUGGACAAGAUUGGGACAUCGACGAAAUGGCUGUGCGUGUCAAGUGUGUUUCGUAUGUGUACUCGGUGUUGGGCAUUGCCGGUUUCCUGGUGGCCGGCGGACUGGCUGCCGCAUUUACCAUUGGAGACAGGGUGGAAGGGGUGGACCCGUUCAACAUCGCCUCCUUUUCGUGGCUGCUCGCCGGUUUUCUCAUCCUGAUCGCCAAGAGCAUUCGGGUGACCGAGUGGCCAUGGAGGGACUUUCUCCUCGGCAGGGUGACUUGCCGAAGCCUGAGUGAGCUGCGGGCCGUCACGAGUGCCAACGAGCAGGACCUUAUCCUUUACUUGCUUACCAAGGAGCCGGAGAGCGUCCUGAUCACUCGUGGGCCGUACAACCGACUUUUCACGAGGAAGGAGGAACAGGCAUUCGCCGGCGGCUUCUCCAUCGACAUUAAACCCGAGGUGAGGACGCUCGUAGCAGCAGGGUUGAUCUUUGUUGUCGUCGCCCUUCGGCAUGGCACGGCUCUGGUUUGCCUCGACCUUCGCCGAGGCUCCGAGAAGCGAGACACACGGACGUCCAUAGCGCACACGGGCGAAGAGCAAACCACCGUGUGCCGAUAUCCCCCCAAGCCGAGCGACAAAGAAAAGGUGCAGGAUGCCGUGCUGAACCAUUUACCAAUGGAUCAACCGGUGGUUUGGAACAGGGUUCUGGGGUUUUACCACUCGCCAGAGAGGAAGGUACGGUGAUGGCUGACGAAGGCCCCGGCGCCGAGCGCAGAUAGUCUAAUUACCACUCGAGUUGAACUUGAAGCUGCGGGUGAAUCGACAGGAUCCAUUUGGCACUCCCUUGGCGAAUGUUGGGGUUUUGCAACAGUGACCCCUAUAGCCUGCCAUAGGUGUCUCCGGCCUGUCGCAUAGCCCGUGUAGGGGAGUGGACAUGGGUGAGUCAGCACCCCACUUACGAAUACGUACCUGAUGUAGGUACCUACCUACCUUAGGUAAGGUAAGAUACCUAAGGUAAGGUACUCUAGGUACUCGUAACAGCCAGUCUACCUGUAUUUUUGCC